UUAAGGAGAGUUUGAAGUGUUUUCUUCGUUGAAAAUUUUCCUUUAAGUCAUGGGAAUUUCUCCACAUCCUCUUCUUGUGUCUCUCCAUACGAAGGGUAUGGUCCUAGGGAAUGAGGAGAUGUCAAGAGCUAGAAGAUUGAGAAUGACGAGGAACAUAGUCAGGAGCAGGAGGACCAGGAGGGUUCUGAUGAAGAGGAGGACAUGUCUAGAAGGUUCUAGAAGGCCGGAGCGCGCCAUCGAGGGAAGGGUCAGAACCCUGAAAAGUUUGAUUCCGAACAGUGAAGGCAUGGGGUUGGAUGGGCUGUUCAGAGAGACGGCCGAUUAUAUUCUAUCUUUGCAGAUGAGAGUUAGAGUGAUGCAGAUCAUGGUGAAGGUAUUAACGGGUUCUGAUGAGUAAUUAGAAAUACAUUUGUAAAUUAAGGCUCGAAGCAUUCUUUGUUUUUUCAUUAUAUUUUUUUUUUCAUUUUUUAUGUGUUUUUUUAUAGGGUCUUGCAUUGUAUUAUCUAUCCAAAUAUAUAUGGAUUCAUGUUAUUAAGAUUUUAACAAUAGUUUGGUCAUCUGUUUGUGUGAAAAUUGACCUUGAGAGAUGGAUAAUUUUUUUUUUCGGCAGCCGAAUUAUUUCCAUUCUAGUAAUAUAAAGUUCCUAUUUCC